GGGGGUCGGUUAAGUAUGGUGUCCCCCGAGGGGAGGCCGGGAACAUGGAGACUCCAACAGUGGAGCGGAGCCCUGGGACAGGAACCCAGGCCUCUCCUCCUCUGUGAGACCCUCACAGAGGAGGAGAGGCCGGUGACACGGAGACCCCCACAGGGGAGUGGAAGUCGAGACCAGGGACAGCCUGUGCCAGCAGCACUAGCUCAAGUUGACAGAGAAAAGAUUUAUCAGUGGAUUAAUGAGUUGUCAAGCCCAGAGACUCGUGAAAAUGCCUUGUUGGAGCUUAGCAAAAAACGUGAAUCUGUCCCAGACCUCGCACCCAUGCUGUGGCAUUCUUUUGGUACAAUUGCAGCACUGUUACAGGAAAUUGUAAAUAUUUAUCCAUCCAUCAACCCACCUACCCUCACUGCACAUCAGUCCAAUAGAGUGUGCAAUGCAUUGGCCCUGUUGCAAUGUGUGGCAUCACACCCAGAGACCAGGUCUGCAUUUCUUGCUGCACACAUUCCCCUGUUCCUGUAUCCUUUCCUGCAUACAGUCAGCAAAACCCGGCCCUUUGAAUAUCUACGUCUCACCAGCCUAGGAGUAAUUGGAGCCCUGGUGAAGACUGAUGAACAAGAAGUCAUCAAUUUCCUCCUAACCACAGAAAUUAUACCGCUGUGCCUGCGGAUUAUGGAGUCUGGAAGUGAACUCUCCAAAACUGUUGCCACUUUCAUUCUCCAGAAGAUUCUCCUGGACGACACUGGUUUGGCAUACAUUUGUCAGACCUAUGAGCGGUUCUCUCAUGUGGCUAUGAUUUUGGGAAAAAUGGUGCUGCAGCUUUCCAAAGAGCCGUCCGCUAGGCUACUGAAACACGUUGUCCGCUGUUAUCUCCGUCUCUCUGACAACCCACGAGCCCGUGAGGCGCUGAGGCAGUGUCUUCCUGACCAGCUGAAAGACACCACGUUCGCCCAGGUACUGAAGGAUGAUACCACAACCAAACGCUGGCUGGCUCAGCUGGUUAAGAACCUGCAAGAAGGUCAAGUCACUGACCCCAGGGGAAUACCCCUUCCUCCCCAGUGACCACCCAUGAAGGCAAUGUGACGCAGCUACUCCAACAUGCACAGCACAUGACCGGAAAUAGAGAGGCACAUUGAACAAUGGAAUAGUAAGCUAUUGAUUUACAAAUGAUGGUUCAAGAUAUCUCUCUCAUUGAUGAGGACUCUGCUAGAUGGCAUGCUAAACCCACCAUCAUUCAGAGCAAAUGAUCCAGGCUGUUAAACCAACAUUACAGAGCACAAGACCAUAAGGAAACAUAGGAUUCUUGUUGAUCAAGAGUUGACUCUUUGGGUCUAGGUUAUGGUGGUCUAUUCUGAUUCUUACUGUUUACAAAAUAACAGUUUCUUACAAUCACCAUUGCCUCUGGAGCAGUGUUAAAGGUGUAAUGAGCUCAGCCUGACCCUAAACGCAUCAUCCGCUGCCUGCCUUUUCUCUCUACUUCUUCCUAUGCUUCUAGCUGUGUCUAAACUUUGCAGAUAAUAAAGAUAAAGAAAAUGAUUUUUAUUUUUAUUUUUUCAGUAUGAAGCAGUUAAACAAAAAAACAACAACAAUGCACUAAUUUACCAAACUGUUUUGGAAAAAGACUACUUUACAAACCAUAUACGACAGCUACUGUUUCUUCACUUGUUACAGGUUUUAAUAAAUAUUGGUUUGGGGCCAUU